CCAAACUGACACCGGUCUGUAGGUUCUGUCCUGGGUCGAGCUAUUUUUCCUGGAUUCUUACUAAAAUAACCAACAAUGAGGCCGUCACUUUUGCUGAAGGCAGAGCUGAUUUCACAGAAAUCGACUAUUUACUGAGGUCAGGGUAAUUUGAUGGUGCCCAGCAGUCAGUAUGGAUGAAGAAACCCUGGAGGCUGCGAUCGCCGCCUACGGUGCUCAGCUGCAGCAGGUGGAGGUGGCCCUGUCGGCAGAGCUGGAUCCAAGCCAGAUGCCGGACCUGCUCAAACUAAAGGAAGACCUUCAGCAGCUGAUAGAGCUCACAGAAGCCAGUCUGGUGUCUGUAAAAAAGAGUCGGCUUCUGGCCAGUUUAGAGGACGGCAGCGACCUGCUGGUGAACCCCUCAGAGGUAGCAGCUGACAGCAGCGGGGCCAAUGAGAGUCUGAGCGCAGAGUUUGCUGCUUUUUACUCCGAACUGGGAGAGUGUUCAGGUAGCAGCUCUGACACCAGAGAGAAGGAUGAUGGAGUAGAAGGUAGAGGGGGGGAUUGUGAGGAGGAGGAUGAAGAGGGUGAAGAUGAGCUAAGUGGUACCAAAGUAAGAGCCCCCUACAGGACGUCGUGGGGGACGCUGGAAUAUCACAACGCCAUGGUGGUGGGGGCGGAGCCGCCAGACGGAGUUGAGGCACAGGUUAGGGUGUUCUACGUCUACCCCACCCAGAAAUCCAUGAAACCGUGCCCGUUCUACCUGGAGGACAAGUGUCGCUUUCAGGAAAACUGCAGGUUUUCUCACGGGGAGGUGGUGUUUGUGUCGGAGCUCAGAGCGUUCCUGGAGUCAGACCUCAGUAAUCUUGAAGAGGGUUCUGCCUGCUUGGCUCGGCAUGAGGACGGGAUCUGGUACCCGGCCAAGAUAAAAGACAUCGACAGCGGUUUCUACACGGUAAAGUUCGACUCGCUGCUGAUGAAAGAUGCCGUAGUCGAGGCUGACGGGAUUAUCCCACCUCUGAGGGAAGACGACCCGCUCUCCUCCGACUCGGAUUCGGAUGAAGCCGGAGAUGCAGAUUCAUUGGGAUACGCAAAAGUUCUGGACUCCGGCCCAGAAUCUACUGUUACAGUAAACAGUGCCGACUUUGGUGGCUGGGAGGCGCAUACCAAAGGCAUCGGAUCCAAGCUUAUGCUGAAAAUGGGCUACGAAUACGGAAAAGGUCUUGGGAAGAUGCAGGAGGGUCGAGUGGAACCAGUGAUGGCCGUGCUCCUGCCGAAGGGGAAGUCUCUGGACGAGUGUGCAGAGAUGACACAGAGGCGCACCCGAAGCAGCGCUGCUAAAGAUGGCACACAGACUGCCCGGCCAAAGCGCCGCAGAAAACCUAAAGUCUCCACCGCAGGGCGGCGUACAGUCUUUGACUUUUUAAAUCACAAGCUGGGAGACAAGGGCUCCAAUCCUGCUGAGGGGGGCUCGACUGUGCCGUCAGGAGCGACCGGCGUGGAGGCUUACAGAGCGGGCAAGAGCGCCAAGAAGAGUCUGAAUGUGAAGCUCUUCCAGGCUGCAGAGCGGGUGGCCCAAACCGAGAGAGAGAUCCAGAAGCUGAGCGAGACGCUGGGCAGACAGACGGGCAGGGAUUCAUCAAGAGUGAAGCAGCUGGAGGAGAAACUGUCAGCGGCCCGCAGCCUGCUGGCCCAGCAGAAAGCACACGAGCUGUCCAUCCAGAAAGAGCACAGGAAGGCCGACACACACAAGAAGAUGACAGAGUUUUAACCUGUUUGCUCUAAGACUUCAGAAAGACCCUGAUUGCCUCUAAGGAACUCAGAGUUCUCGCUUACUGCCCUGUUUUUUUUUUUUUUAAGAUCCUUCUGAAUAAUUUACUACUGGCACCUUGGCUAUGUGCUGGAAGAAGAGUCCUUUUUUAAGUUUAUGGAUGCUUGACUGUACAACCAACAAUGUUGUUAAAAAUAAACUUUUAGUUGUCAUGAACAAAUGUUGAUUUUACCACAGCUUCUUAGCGUUGUGGGGUCUGUUUUAUCUGCCUUAUUGUGGUCAAGUAAUACAGCUGCAGCAUUGGUUUUUCUAAUUCUGUAACAU